AUCGUCGGCCGCAGCCCCUUAGACACUGUAAACAUGCACGUGCACGCGGUGCUGGCUCGCGGCGCCUGGCUGUGGGGGAGGGGGAGGGGGCUGGUCGAACGGACGGCAGCCAGCGCCCUCUCGCGGGCGGCUGGGCAACUCCGUAUCGAGCAGACGACGGCGGCGCCACUCAGCAGUGCCCCCGUCAAAGAACCCGGAGCGACAGCGACCGCAGCGAGUCGACGGAAAAUGGCUGGAAAACUCACCACUGAAGACAGAGAAACCAAACUGCAGCCAUUGCUGGGCAAUGGUUGGUCUGUCGUCCAAAACAGAGAUGCCAUUUACAAGGAAUAUUUGUUUAAGGACUUUAACGAGGCAUUUGGUUUCAUGUCUCGUACAGCUUUACUAGCUGAGAAGAUGGAUCACCACCCUGAAUGGUUCAAUGUUUAUAACAAGGUUCAAGUUACACUGUCUUCACAUGAUGUAAAUGGUCUCAGUCAAAGGGAUAUAAAGUUGGCGUCUUUUAUGGACAAAGCAGCUCGCACUGUCCAGGACAAAUAAUUGUUUGCUGUAUGCUUGCUGUAUGUGUUUAAUGUGUGCGUGCUUCCAAAAAGUGUAGGGCGAGGAUCUUUGAAAAAUGUCAAUCUCUCAUUAGCAGUAUUGAAAAGUGAUGGAGUCAUGUGUUAAAGUUCGCGUGCAGGCCAAAGUGCUUUACCUUGGCAACAACUGACAAUCAUAUUGUAUUAAUGUUGCCUACAAAAACAAACUACUCAAAAUAAAUGAUUUUAGGAGUGAAAAA